GGUUCGGGCGGCGUCGGCGCCAUUUUGCCGGAGCCCGCGACCCAGUGGGAGUGGAGCGGAGCGGCCGUCGCUGCCGUCUCUUCCCUCCUCCCCACGGUCCAGUCAGCGGUCGAUUAGGCCGUCGGCCCUCACGCCGAGACUGGUCGCUUAGUUAGCUCUGAGGAACGCCUGGCCGACAUGAGCGAUCUCGAGGAGAACAACUUCGAGGGCAGAGAGUCUCGCUCUCAGUCAAAAUCUCCAACUGGAACACCUGCUCGUGUAAAAUCGGAGAGCAGGUCAGGAUCUCGUAGUCCUUCAAGGGUUUCCAAACACUCUGAAUCCCACUCUCGAUCAAGAUCAAAAUCCAGGUCAAGGUCAAGAAGGCAUUCUCAUAGACGUUACACUCGAUCCAGAUCUCAUUCUCACUCUCAUAGAAGACGGUCUCGAAGUAGGUCAUAUACACCAGAAUACCGUCGUCGAAGGAGCCGAAGUCAUUCUCCAAUGUCUAACCGGAGGAGACAUACAGGCAGCAGGGCAAAUCCAGAUCCUAACACCUGUCUUGGAGUGUUUGGCCUCAGUUUAUAUACCACAGAGAGAGAUCUUCGGGAAGUGUUUUCUCGAUAUGGACCAUUGAGUGGGGUCAAUGUGGUUUAUGAUCAGCGAACUGGACGGUCACGAGGAUUUGCUUUCGUUUAUUUUGAGAGGAUUGAUGACUCAAAGGAGGCUAUGGAAAGGGCAAAUGGAAUGGAGCUGGAUGGCAGAAGAAUUCGUGUUGAUUAUUCUAUCACCAAGAGAGCGCACACACCUACACCAGGCAUUUACAUGGGCAGACCAACUCAUAGUGGUGGUGGAGGUGGUGGAGGCGGCGGUGGAGGUGGAGGAGGUGGCAGGCGUCGAGAUUCAUACUAUGAUAGAGGAUAUGACCGUGGAUAUGACAGAUACGAAGAUUAUGACUACCGGUACAGAAGAAGAUCACCUUCUCCUUACUAUAGUCGAUACAGAUCACGAUCAAGAUCUCGUUCCUACAGCCCAAGACGCUAUUGAUAAACAGAAUGGUUGCAGUUGAGGACAUCAUUUUCUCUUGAUUUUCUUUUCUCUUAAUUCUGGAUUUCCCCAAGCUUUUAAUCUUUCCUGUUCCUCAAAAAGAACCCUUGGGAAGAAUCUUUGGUUUAGCAUCUACACUUUAUCUGUUGUAUUGGUGUUUUCCACCCCUUUUAUUAUACUCUUAAAGAUGUAAUUGUUAUCAUUUUGAGUAGUUAAACAUCUCAAGUUAAAAAGGAACUCCUAGUGUUAUGCUUUGUAAAUGAUUUUUUUCUUUGUUUUUUCAGAAAAUUAACUCCUGGCUAAUCAGAUGAUGAAAGAAAUGAUCUUUUUAAAGCUUCUGUUAUGUUAAAUAUUGUAUUAGACAUUGUAUUAGAGGUAUGCAUUUAAGAACUCCUUUUUUAACUUUCUUUUGAGAAAGAUAGUAACAUAAAGUAGUUCAGUCAUGUCACCUUUGUCUGGAGUGAUAUAGAGCAGUCAGAUAGUUGAGUAUAGAAAAGUUGAAGCUAUAGAAGAAAACACUUCAUUUCUUUGAUGAAUGGAAUUUUUUAGCCCUACAAAUUAAGUUUUUUAGAGAUGAAAGCGUGUGGACUCCUACAAACAUUUUGUAUUUAAAAUACAUCUGUUAAAACUUACAAACUUAAAGUGUGAUUUUUGUGUUGGCUUUCUUGAAAUUUUAAGUAUUCCUUUAAUCAGUGAAGGACAACCCUUAUUUAUUACCUAGCAUAAUUAUAUACUUUAUUGUUUGAAAUUUUGCUUUGGGGACAGUGGUUUAAGCAGGCUGUUCUUAUAGUAUGAAUCCUUAGACGUAUGUAUGGGGCAAGUAGUCUUUUCAAAUAAAGUUAAUUUCUUUGAAAAUGACAUUGUCUUUUUAUUGAUACAAUGGCAUGACUUAGGAUACUAAUCCAUACUUCAUUAAUAUAUUUGCUUAUCUUUGUCUCCAGUCAUAACAUCUUUCUUUCUUUCUGCAUCUUUGUUGAACAAGUUGUAAAUAUUGACUGUUCAGUACCAACCAUAUGUUGAAGCAAAGAAAUAAUAAUGGUUUUUGUCUUCCUGAUUUGUACUUUCAUGCUGGAACAGUAAUACAGUAGGUAGGGUGCAGGAGGCACUUACUUGCUUUGCAUGUAGCACAGCUGCUUCUGGCCCAAAAACGAACAACAAAAAACCUACAUUUUUAAGUUCUAGUACAAAACACUUAAGCAAUUUCUCAACUAUGUUGCCAUUAUGGGGGGAAGUAUUUAAUACAAAUUUAAAAUUUUUAUUAGUUUUGGUUAAUGAUGUUCAGGGCUUACUGACUGUUCAGGGUUUCAACUAUAUUAUCAGUAGCUCCUUGAUUUUUCUCCUUACCACAGUGGAAAUAAAAGUAUAUCAUUGAAAACAUGUCA